AUGGACAUCGUGCGCCGCCUCACGAGCGAGGCUCCGGAUGUCCAGGGCUUCCGGGAGAUCAAGCCCACACUGCUGGUCAGCUGGUGGUGUACCAUCUACGCCAUCGUCAUCAUUCUUUUCCGCUUCGCUGGUAGAUAUGCCCGGGCCGAGAGAGUCUUCGUCGAGGACGGCAUCAUGCUGGCGGCGCUCUUGCCCAUCUCGAUAAGGCAGGCCUUUGUCCACCUGGUGCUGCUUCACGGGACCAACAACACCAAGAUCGAUGGGCUGUCCACCGAGAGUAUUCGCGAGCGUGAGAUCGGAAGUCAGAUGGUCUUGAUCUCGAGAAUCCUCUACGCUGCAUCGCUCUGGGCGAUAAAAUACAGCACCAGCGAGUUCCUGCGCACCCUCACCGACUCGGUUUGGCAGCGCUCUCACCAGAGGUACCUGCGAAUCUUUCUCGCGGUCACCUUUCUAGGCACAGUUGUCAGCGACCUCGCGCCUUGUCAGCCCUUCACGCACUACUGGCAGGUGGUCCCCGACCCGGGACCACAGUGUAGAAACGGCUACGCAUUCCUCUUCACCACCGGCCUUCUCAGCAUCGUCACGAAUCUCACCCUGAUCAUCUUCCCCAUCCCCAUGAUCCUCAAGUCGCGCCUCCCGCGCGCCCGGAGGCUCUCUAUCCUGAUCCGCCUCUCGCUCCCGCUCCUCAGCAUAGCCGUCACGGUGUACUCCCUCGUGCACAUCCCCCAGAAGGGAGGGCUGCAGCAGUAUCGCUCCCUGCUCGCCUCCCUCGACAUCCUGCUCGCAACCUUCACCUCUAACGCCCUGGUCCUCAUCUCUCUGAUCCAAGACCGCGGCUACAAGAAAGUCAAGUACAGGGCUCCGCCCCGGGACUCCGACGGCCGCUCGACCCGCACGCCCACAUGCAGGUCCUCCGGCUCCGUGCGCCAUUCCAGCAGGUGGGUCAGCGACGACGAUCUGAUGAAUGAUACUAGCAAGGAAGAGGACCCCGGAGCGGGAUUCGUGUUGGACGCUUACCCGCAGAAGGUAGAGCCGGGUGAUUCCAGGAGCAGCGCGGAGAGGAGCGCAGCCAGAGAGAGACGGGCGGGGGUGAUCCUCGAGCAACCGCUGAGAGCGAAACUGCAGGAGAUCAGGGUCAAUGUCGCGCCGGCGGAUCCCGCGACGGAUCCUGAGGACUGGGUAGAUCCGGACUGGACUAUUACCGGGUGUAAACCUCGCGGGCUUGACGCGCUCGUGAGCGACGUGGGGAGCCCUCUGGAAGGGCGGAGACGUGGCCGCGCUUCCCUUCUAUAUUUAUAA